UGACAAGUCACGUAGAGCGGCACAAUCGAGCAAGCAAUCCCUACUUCACAUAUUUUCAUUUUCAUUUUGUGAUAAAAAAUAAAAAGAAGCUAAGAGAAGAGGCAUAUCCAGAAUCAAUCAAUCAAUCAAUCGAACAUGAACAUGAACAUGACUAGCAUCACUUCUUCAAUUGCAACAUUGGUGACUCCGUUACCGUUGUUCAUGAAUACGAAGAACAAGAUUCAGAGCAGAAGCAGCAAAAUGACUCGGAUAAGAUGUGAUGUUGGAGAAGAAGAUUCAUCAUCAUCAACAGCGAAGAUUGGAUCGCGUGUUAGGGUUAAGGUUCCUCUCAAAGUCUAUCACGUUCCCAAAGUUCCUGAAGUUGAUCUAACUGGUAGAGAAGGACAAAUCAAACAGAACGUGACUUUCUGGAAAGAUAAUAAGCGAAUCUCUGCUAAUCUUCCUUAUAAGGUUGAGUUUGUUGCUGAUGAUAUUCAAGGUCCUCGUGGUCCUCUCAAGUUCGUUGCUCAUCUCAAAGAUGAUGAAUUCGAAUUUCUAGAAUAGAGUAUUUCAUAAAUAAUUACGCAUAUCAAUUACUACAUUAGAGAGAGGUAUUCAUGUUAUCUCAUCUCUUCUUUAAUCAAAUUCUGUCAACUAUCUAUCUAUUACUACAUUUUCACUAUCAUUUUUAUUUUUAGUGUAAACACUCCAAUUCAGUCUCCGACUGAACACAUACGAAAAUGUAAGGACUAAUAUGAGUUUUAUUUUAGUCAGACUGAAUCGGUGA